AAAAGCAAUAUAGCAACGAACUAUUUGGAACUAUCCUGCAAUUCUAUAUGUAAUUAUUAAUAUAUUUUACAUCAUCGGAAGAAAAUAUUUAAGGUAUCAAAUAAUAAAAAUAAAAUUUUGAUUUACCACGCAUCAAUCUACGAAAUAUCCCUAGCCAGAGCGUCGUGUCGAAGUUGCAAACCAAUUUUGUCUCUAUGACCUGUUUACAUUAAAUUUCAUCUCAUGAAAUAUACCAUAUACAUCUAUACAUGCUGCUCCAUUAAUCAUAAUAUAAUCAAAAGGAAGAUUUCAUGCAAGAUGAAUGAAAAAUAUUACAUGAAAUUUUUGUUUGGAAAUACAAUAACCACAAACUAGUCAUAGUAACGCCAUCAAGCGUUUUAGCUAAGCAACCACUAGUAUUUUCCUCGAACGGUAAAACCCGGCUACUCGGUUGUAUUAUUGUUAUUUAAAAACAUGGAUAACUUCUCUGAUCCUCUUAGUUUUAAUAAACAAACAGCUACCCUAUUGCGUGGUUUGGGUGUACCUGAAUUAAUACCAGAAUGCAAGAAAAGAAAUAUAUCAACUGAUACGUUGCAUGAACUCAGUACACAGGAAUUGAUAAUGUUAGGAGUCGAUCCUAUUAAGGCUGAGAAAAUUAGGAAUUCUUUAAAUGUAAGAAGGAACAGAUCUGGCACUGUAAUAACAAAUUCUUCGGACAGACUUCAGCAUUGUCUUGAGAUAAUUAAGCACUCAGAGCAACAGAUAUCUCUAAUACAAGCAUUUGUAGCUUAUUGUAGAUUAAGGCUUGUGAAAGAGAGAAUUAACAUUUUUGUGGAUCCCAACAAAUGUUUAAGCGCAUCUGACGUAUUAUCAAUUUCUGCAAAUGCAACAUUGGCAGAAUUAGAUGAAGUGAUACAAAAUCUUUCUAAACUGGAAAAAUUAAUUUUAAGGUCAAGAGGGAAACCAAAACACGACAAAAACCAUCGACUGUAUUUUCUAAUUAGUGGAGUAGGUUUAGUAUCACUUGUAUUAUUAAAGAUAUGUAUGAGAUGAUUACUUUGAUGUAAGCAAUUUAUAAAUAAUAAACAAGCAAUCCUAUUUAAAUCUAGUAAUAAUAGUCUAGUAAUAAUAGCCAGGAAAAUUAUUCCCAAGCUAUAAUUUGUUUAUUUCUUAUCAAUAUUUUUUGUCUAUAAAUUUGUAAAUUAAAGUAAAUAAAGGAGGUUCGAUUCUAUCGAAUUUAUAUCGAUAUCCAUUUAAAUUUUACCGCGUUUCAAGCAAAUGACAUUAUUAAUUGACUGAGUAGACAAAAAGACGAUGGCUGAAGAUAUCAUUACUCUUGUCUAUAAUAUUAUCAGAGUCUGCUCUGAUUCUAUAAUGACUUGAAGUCCUUGUUGAGCUAAGGAGUUCUUCAAGGACACUAUGCUUAUACCCCUGUCUUUUUUAUUUUCGAAUUUCGCUUUUGAAAUAAAAUGAUGAAUGCCCUUGAAGUUUCAAAAUCCAAACAAAGACUUUACACUGUGACCCAUGAGUUUCAUACGUAACGAAGUAUACGUAUUUUACAUGGUUUGGUACUUAUCAUAGGUAAAUUACAUCACAUAUGUGAUGUAAACCACGUGGUUUACCAUAGACAAGAUGCUACUUAAUUGUGAAAAGAAAAUUAACUACAGUGAUGGGCAAAACCCUUGGCUUCAAAUAAAUCUGAAGUUUGCUAAUAUGUUUGUCUCAUUUCCUCUCUUGAAAAUUUUCCAAAGAAGGAAAUUACUAAUACUUAAUUUAGGUAUUCAUUUGUAUCUGACAAAUCGAAAUAAUGACUAAUCUAGUAAUAAUCAUACAGGUGUAUAUGAUUUGCUAAAUUAGAUAAAAUAUAAAUCAUAACAUCAUAUUAUGGAAAAAAGGAGUACAAUUAUGAAGGAGAGACCUUUGCAUUAAUAAGUAAAUAUUAUUAAUAAUGGAUCUAGGAAAAGCAUUAUUUUAAUCGUGUAACUUUUUUUCAAGCUCCAAUUUCAUGUUUUCAGAAAAUGUCAAGUAUAUAUUGCAUUGUGUAAUGUAUACUUGUUUACUUUAUUUGCAACUUAUUCGUACUUUUCCUAAACCUGAUGCGCUUGUUAUACGGAAUCGAAUUAAACGCUCGCAAUUAGUAUGCAGUGCUUUGUUCUGCGUAUAAAAAAUGAGUACGGUAUAAAUGAAGCCAAUGCCAAUUAUAAUUAUAAUAGCUGAAUAAGCU